GUGAUAUUCUUUGUGUUUGGCUCUUGCAGUGCUGAAGAGAGUCUGUUUAAUGAGGCGACGGAUAACGAUGGUAAGGCCCUGGGGAUGAUUUCUCAGUCGCUUGGCGGUGAGGGCCAGUCUCGUGCACAAUGCGUCUGCUGAGCCCGGCCGCCCUCCCCUGUUUUCACUCUUGCGAUUUUCGAGGGCGAGCAGCUACGCCCGCGCCGAUUUGUUCAAUUCGUUGGCAGGGACAGCUGGAGCGGCCAAUACGCCGACCCCGGGCGUCCAAGCUCCAAAAACCCACCAACACAAUCCUUGUCAACGUCAUUGAAACCGGGGACGACCAGCUUUCCGCAUCGACGUAUCCUAACCGAGCUUGGAGCAGCCCCUAACGACGGUGCGAGGCUUCGUCUGCGACAAGUCACCUUCGCCGUGCUAGGUUCCUCUCAGGCUACCUCUGUGCUGUCGUUGCUCCCACGCUGCGUGCAAAUGGCUCCUCUCAGACUCACGAUCAAGGACGGCGGCUUCCUUGACCGGCAAGGCCGCCAGAUCGUCCUUCGAGGCAUAAACGUUGCAGCCGACGCAAAGUACCCAAGCAAGCCAAACCAGCCGGCACAAGUCGCUGAGGAUUUCUUCGACGGCGACCAUGUCAACUUCCACGAGCGCCCGUUUCCCAAGGACGAUGCUCACGUCCACUUCGCCCGCCUGAAGCGCUACGGCUACAACACCAUUCGCUAUAUCUUCACCUGGGAGGCCAUUGAGGCCGCGGGGCCCGGCAUCUAUGAUGAGGAGUGGAUCCAGCACACCAUCGACAUACUCAGGAUAGCCAAGAGCUAUGGCUUCCACGUCUUCAUGGACCCUCAUCAGGAUGUCUGGUCUCGCUUCUCGGGUGGCUCUGGAGCGCCCCUAUGGACUCUCUACGCGGCCGGCCUCAACCCACAGAGCUUCGCCGCGACCGAAGCUGCCCUCGUGCAGAACACCUACCCCGACCCGGCCAACUUCCCCAAGAUGAUCUGGUCGACAAACUACUACCGACUCGCCGCCGCCACAAUGUUUACGCUGUUCUUUGCCGGCAGGGACUUUGCCCCCAAGUGCAUCAUAGACGGCCAGAAUAUACAGGACUAUCUGCAGGGGCAUUUCUUCGGGGCUAUCUCACGCCUUGCGCAGCGCAUUCACGAGGCUGGGGACAUCGAGGACGAAGUGGUGUUCGGCUGGGAGACGCUCAACGAGCCGAACAAAGGCAUGAUUGCAUACGAGGACAUCAGCGUCAUCCCCAAGGAGCAAGCCCUGAAGAAGGGGACGAGCCCCACCAUCUGGCAGGCCAUGCUCACGGGAAUGGGGAGAGCCUGCGAGGUCGACAGCUGGGACAUGGGUAACAUGGGCCCGUACAAGGUCGGGAGAACACUGGUGGAUCCUCACGGGGAGAUCGCUUGGCUCCCGGCCGACUACGACGAGUCGCGCUACAACUACAAAAGAGAUCCAGGUUGGAAGCUGGGCGAGUGCAUCUGGGCCCAGCACGGCGUCUGGGAUCCGUCCACCGACACUCUUCUCCGUAAAGACUACUUCCACAAGAGUCCGAGCACCGGGGAGACGCUCGACUACGAAGUCUUCACCAACACAUAUUUUAUGCAAUAUGUUCGCAAGUAUCGGGAUACGUUCCGCGCCUAUCACAAGGACGCCGUUUUGCUCCUCCAGCCGCCCACCUUGGAGCUGCCACCGAGGAUCAAGGGCACAGCGGAUGACGAGAACAACAUGAUCUACGCGCCUCACUAUUACGACGGUAUUACGCUCAUGACAAAGAGCUGGAAGUGGUGGAAUGUCGAUGUACUGGGAGUGCUGCGGGGGCGCUAUAUCAGUCCGGUCUUUGCCAUCAGGCUGGGCGAGACGGCCGUGCGGAAUUGUUUCAGGGAACAGCUGGCUGCCAUGCGAAAGGAGGGGUUGGACUACAUGGGCAAUCACCCCUGCGUUCUGACCGAAUUCGGCAUCCCCUACGACAUGGACCAGAAGGCGGCUUACAAGACAGGGAACUACUCGAGCCAGUCUGCCGCCAUGGACGCAAACCACUUUGCUGUGGAGAUGGCGCCAAUGGAGGGCUAUACCUUAUGGGUUUACUGCGCAAAGAACGACCACGAAUGGGGUGACCAAUGGAACGGCGAGGACCUGUCGAUCUACUCGUUGGACGACAAGCAACUCCCCGUCUCCCCUCUGCCGCCCUCGCUGGAGAUGGCACAGCAAUCAACAACAAGUCUGGCGAAAAUCAACACUUCGGCCUCGGGCCAGCAGCAAGGACAGGACUCGCUGAUCGAGGAUGGGUCAACGGUCACGCCAACUAACCUCCGGCGAGCGCUGACCACGCCAUCGAUAUCUUCUGCGAACCCACAAGGGGUGACAUCGCCAGAGCUGACCAACGCGCCUGGUUAUCGGGCGGCCGAGGCAUUUGUGCGUCCUUCGCCAGUGGCCGUCGCCGGCAGCAUCGCGAGCUACGUGUUUGAUUUGCGCCGAUGCGAGUUCAAGCUUGACGUCCGGGCGUCGAAGCUACCACCCUCGAGCAGCGACGACGACGACGGCGGCAACAGCGGUGGAUCGCCACCAACCGUGGUGUUUCUGCCCGACUACCACUUCCCCAAGGACGCAUGCACGAUUGAGGUCAGCUCAGGUAAGUGGGAGAUCAGCACGGACGACUCGGAGGGUGCCUUGGUGCAGCGGCUCCGCUGGUGGCACGCUGAAGGAGAGCAGAGCCUGAAGGUGACGGGCGUUGUACGAACGCACAACGUGGGCGAGUACGGGCCCGGCGGUGGCGAGGAAGACCCGGGUUAUUAUCAAACGGUGCAGAACAUUUUCGGACAGUGCACCAUGAUGUAGACGGACGGCAGGCGCGCGCUGUGUCUGGCCUCGUGGCCUCGUGGUGGCAUCUUGGCUUCCCCCAUGUUUGUUUGAUCUUUUUGUCACUGUUUUUGUUUUCGUCAUGCGGACGGAUGCCCGUUUGAUCGAACAGCGUCCCGGGCUUCGGCAAAUAAUAUUUACCCCGAACCAUGAAAGCGUUUGGCUAUUGGAUGGAGCAUUCUUUCUCAACAUAUGCGGAUAGGUAUCCUCUAUCGUCACGGCUUUGUGGGGACUAGGCUGGUCAUGACAGCAUCCCCCAGUGUAUUAGACAGGAUGAACCCUGAACCCAUGAGAUCUGCUAGACGGAUCGGAUGAGACCGACCUGAGCCUUUGCCAGA